GAGUUACAAAGAGGUCUCAGCUAGUAGUGCGUAUCAAGGGGUAUAGUUCUCAUCCUGUAUGAUUCACUCCAGGGUAAUUGGUCACUCUAUAAGAAUCCGGUGGCUAGCAACCACUCCAGCAGCACCACUCCAGCUCAAAUUUGAUAGUGUGAAGCAGUGACCUGAGCUGACGUCCACCCCUGGGUGUAUUGAGAGACGAUGAAGAGGCUACGCCCUCUCCUGAUCCAGUGUGUUAUCCUCUUAGUUUUGACCUCAUCCCUGGCUGUCAACCAUACCAGGUAUAAACAGGAGACGAUAAAAAGUUUUAAUGACGAUAGUAGUGCCAGAGUAGACCUGGGUGGCUGGAUUAACGUUUCACAGACAACUGACAGAAGAGAUGCCAGCGAUGAUACAGUGGGAGGUGACGAUGGUGUCCUUGGAGCGCUCUGGCAGAAAGUUCGUCCCUAUGUAACGGGGGAAGAAAAAUUAAACCCGGGUGGUCGUGUGGCCAACUUAAAGAAAAGACUAUUGACUGAAGCAGACGAAUUAGUCGCCCUCUACACCAACUCUGCCCAUAACCACUUGAGAGAGAGAGCACACAGUGAAGUUGUUAGGGCGGUGAGUGAAGGCAGAAGUGGACAGCCCUGGACGGAGAGUCAACAUCACAAGAGAAGUCUAUAUAGGGACUCUGCAGGUGCGACAGUGUUGUCUGCCGUGGAAGGCGCGGUAAGUCUUGGUGUACGCGGCUCCCAGUCCGUCCAUAUGACAGUCUGGCAUGACAAACUUAUCGUCGCCCUUGUCAGCAACACUGUAGAAGUUUCGCUCUACACAGUAGACCAGAACACGCUAGAGGUUCAGCGCUCGCCAGGACCAAGGGGAAAGUGUGAAUUUGGACAUUUUCCUGGUGAUGGUCUCUUACUGGUCUGCAUCACAGUUGGAAAACAGGACCACUCUCGGGAUGGCAACGGUUGCCAUUAUGCUGCUGAAGGUGACGUGGCAGUCUACCUGGUGCAGGAGGCAGCUCCCGGCCAGGGCGCCCUCCACUUGCACCUCUUACAAGCCAUCCCUACGAGUAGUCCUAGCUACGUGCAUCUAUGGAUCCACAGUCAGAAAAGUUAUUUAAUGGUUGCCAGUGAAGAAGGAACUUCGAAGUCAAGUACCACUUCCACAACGUAUCACACUACCUCAAGACUUUACCAGUGGAUGGGUCUCUACUUUGACGUAUUACAGGAGCUGCCUGCCACCAGUCCUCGAGCUGUCCACCACUUCAUGAUCAACAAUUUCAGUUUCCUAGCUGUAGCUAAUUUUAAGAAUAAUAAAGGUCAGCACAACUGCCACAGCCUAGUGUACCGUUAUUCUGUCGACAAGGAUCGCUACGUGCCCUUUCAGCAAGUGUCGACGCGUGGCGCCACACACUUUCAGAGCUUUACCCUGGGCACCGGCCACGUCAAAGACACUUUCCUAGCCGUUGCCAACUUUUGUGAAGACGAUUCAGUCGGCUGCAACCUUCACACUUCAUCUACCAUCUACAAAUUCCAAACGGGAAAGUUUAUCCUCUUCCAAGAAAUUGCCACCACAGCUGCUGUACAGUGGAUGGCUGUUCAGGUCGAGGCCACGGUGCUACUUUCUGUGGUCAGUAGCAUUGUUGGAGUGAAAUUCUACCAGUACAACGGGUGGAGAUUCGUACCCACAACCCUUCAGUACUCAAACGGACCUCUCGGUGUUGGCGUCACCGGCAUAGCCUCUGUCACCUGGAAUAAAAAAAUAAUUAUAGGAGUGAGCAACGAGGAUGAUUCAAAGACUUUUGGUGCUCCUACCCUCUACACUAUCUCCUUUAAGACUGAAAAGUCACUAAACGAAUACUACAUGGCAACAGAAAAGUGGUGCAAGAAACUGAGAAGCCACCUGGCGAGGGAAAAUCUUGGCAGCCUCUAUGACAAAGUUGAGGCGGCACCGAAGACAACUCAGUCCUACACUUUCACCCGCCCCAUAGUGGUUGAGGGUAACCUGACGGUAAUGAAAGCCAGCCAGGCCUUGCAGGUGUACACGCGUCUGACGGACGAGUGGUUGCCCAUGAACUUCAGGAAACUAGAAAUGAAGAGGGAGAUCGUGCAGCAGAUGCUUGACACAGGGAGAAGCAGACUCUCGGAGACCAUUACUCUCGCUGGUCCAGUCACUUGGCCCACCGACUUGCACUUUGACGACCUAAUAACGGACACUUACACAAUAUCCUCUGUUGGUAACCUGACCGUGAACUGGAUCAGCGAUCAGCAGCUCCCUCACGAAAAAUACUUUAUUCUCUUGACUGGACAAAGUCCUCUUCACCUGAAGAGCCUCCACUUCAGUCACCUCCACUUACAGUCAGCGGUGAUGGUAGAGAUGCUUGGAAGUGUGACAGUGUCAUCCUACGUGACACUAUCGGGUCAACACACCAUCACAGGAGAGAAGAACUUCUUGGGGUUGGUGAAUUCUUCUCAGGUGUUGGUCGAUACCACCAUAGAUGGUCUCCAGGUCGACCCUCUCACUCUGCUUUUAACUACAUCAUCCCAGACCCACACAGGUCUGGUCAGCUGUACUGACCUCGAUGCUGUCGCUGUGAAGAUCAGCUCCAUCAAUAACGUCAACAUUAAUCAGCUGUUCCAACACCUUGUAACUCGUGAUAGCGCUACAGCAAUCGCUGGUCAGAUCCGGAUACGAAAUGACCUAUUUUUCUCUGGCAACCUGGAAGUGAACAUCACUGCAAAUAUCGACCUUCUUAAUCCUCUGAGAACAGACGAGCCCCGGUUACAAGUGCUAAGUGGACAUCAUCGGGUGGGCGGCGUGAAGUGUCGGUCAACAAGGGUGGCAGGUAAGAUCAACGGGGUAGAUGUACCUGCGGAGGUGUUCCUGAGUUGGUCUAACGCGAUCUACGGUCUCUCUUCAGCAGCCUUCACUCAACUCGACGCUGACUCAAUCACCAUCAACACUGCUCUUCACACCAUCAAGGUCAGCAUGCAUAUUCCGAGCACGUCUGCGGAACUGACAACUUCGGCAGAUUUGGUUCGCCCUUUCAGCACUGUUAGCGAAGCAAUAGCCAGCACGGAAGAAGUGGUUGUAUCAUUUACUCCUGAACAGACAACUGUAUCAAAUGUCGUUGGAUUAACUGACUUUCCCAUAAAUAGAUCUGGUUUGUUAGGUGUAAACAGUCGUUCAUCUGAUGCAUUCUGGACUGUCCCUGGAAGAAAAGAGGAAAAGGUAACUAUCGCCGAUACUCUGAAAUUACUAGAAGAACUAAAAAUCUUAUGGCAGGGAAUGGUACAGAAGUCUGGCAAGAGCUCUGCCUCAAGAGACGUGCAAGAAACUUUAAUUUCCUCAGGAAAAGUAGAUGCAAUUAUAAGCAUCUUGAAGCACUAUAUUCGUGAUAUCGGUAAUAGCAGCGCUACUGAAGUAAGAGCUGUAGUAUCUAAAUGGAACCUGAGUGAUCUGGUAUAUGAAUUUAUAACAAUGGAGAACAUGUUGUAUGAUAAUCCCGAGCUGAUAACGGCUGAGAUUGAAGUUAAGAUCAAUAAUAUACACACCUUGAUUGACGAAGUGGAAGGAAUUAUUGAAGCUUUCGAAGAAAAAUCUAAUUCUAAAUUAGAACCCCCAGACUUGAAAGGAAUUACAAAAGUAGAUUCUUCCCUUCUGCUUACUGGGUCGAACGCUACUGCAUAUGCUAAUUUGACUAGGAAAGUGAAAAAUAAGGUUUCGACUCAAAAAUUGAGGGAAAAAAAAAUAAAAGGAUCGAUGACAACAGUGGAUUCUAGUUUACAACAAACUUCAAAGGUACCAUUGACAAUAGAAACCCCAGCCCUUUAUAUACCUGCAACAUCAGAUCAGUCUACAAAAGAAAUACAUACAAUAGACUCUGAACUGGAUGCCACGACGUUGGGAUUGGCAACAGAUAAAAUAAACGAGCUUCAUUUGUCGACAGAUCUCUUGCCACUUUCAGAAGACCCCUCUGUAUUCUCUUUCCUGGAAGAGCCCGAUGAUUUCUUUGUUGGCGAUUAUAAUUCUCUAAAUGUGCACGACAACCUCCCCAAGACUGCCUUUUUCAAAAACUCGUGA